UCUGGUUUAUUGGACAGACAAGACAUUUAUGCUCUCACGCUCAUCACUGAAACUCGGAAAAGCCAACUUUCCGCUACCGUUAACUUUUUUUCUCUCUCCUCGUCCUCCUCCUUCUCUCUUUCUCAUGCCUCGAACUCUCUGUCUCUUCCUCCUGGUUGUCUCGGCCUUGGGCUAUCUGGCUGGAGCCAUUGGCGUGAACUGGGGCACCAUGGCCUCGCACCCGCUGCCCCCUCCCAAGGUCGUGGAGCUCUUGAAGUCCAACAACAUUUCCAAAGUCAAGCUCUUCGAUGCGAACCCCAAUGUCCUUGAAGCACUGUCCGGGUCCAACAUUGGAGUAACUGUGGGUAUACCCAACUCAAUGCUCAGAAAUUUGAACAGUUCAAAGAAAGCUGCCGGGAGCUGGGUCCACGACAAUGUUACUCGCUACUUCUCUACUGGUCGAAGUGGAGUUCGAAUCGAGUAUGUUGCAGUUGGAGAUGAGCCAUUUCUCCAAAGUUAUGGCACACAGUAUUUUCCCUUCAUUAUUGGAGCAGCUAUCAACAUCCAAGUCGCUCUAGCCAGAGCAAACUUAGCAAGUGAAGUGAAGGUUGUUGUUCCAUGUAGUUUUGAUGCUUUCCAAUCUGAAUCUAUCUUGCCCUCUAAAGGACACUUCAGAACUGACCUCAACAAAACUAUGAUUGAACUCCUCACAUUUCUAGGCAAGCAUCACUCGCCCUUUUUCGUGACCAUCUCCCCAUUCUUAUUUUUCCGCCAAAACAAGAACAUUUCCCUUGACUUUGCACUCUUCAAAGAAACAGCUCGUCCUCAUAAUGACAGCCAUAGAACAUACAAGAACAGCUUUGACUUGAGCUAUGAUACACUGGUUACUGCAUUAUCAACAGCUGGAUUCCCGGAUAUGGAUAUUGUUGUUGCUCAAAUUGGUUGGCCUACAGAUGGAGCACCCAAUGCCUCCUCAUCCAUUGCAGAGACUUUCAUGAAAGGGUUGACAAAACAUCUCCAAAGCAAAUCAGGAACCCCUCUAAGACCUCGAAAUCCACCACUGGAAACGUACAUUCUUAGCCUUCUAGAUGAAAACCAAAGAAGCAUCUCCAACGGAAAUUUUGAGAGACAUUGGGGUGUGUUCACUUUUGAUGGCCAAGCAAAGUAUCGUAUGGAUUUUGGCCAGGAUCCAAGAACCUUGGUGAAUGUGCAGAAUGUUGAAUACCUUCCUUCCAAAUGGUGUGUCGUGAACAACAAUAAAGACUUGUCUAAUGCUUCUGCAAGCGCUGUAGGGGCAUGUUCAACUGCUGAUUGCUCUGCCCUAUCUCCGGGUGGAUCCUGUUUUAAUAUCACUUGGCCUGCAAACAUAUCGUUUGCAUUUAAUAGCUACUAUCAGAUGCAUGAUCAAAGGUUAGAUAGCUGUGAUUUUGGAGGGUUGGGUUUAAUCACAACUGUUGAUCCAUCAGUCGAUGGUUGUAGGUUUUCUGUUGAGCUUCAAACCUCUCAGUCAACAUCCCUCUUCGGAGCCUCGAAUUUUAGGUGGAUGUUCUUACUGCUAAUACACAUAUUUGCAUGUUCUUUGAAUCCUAGAUUGUAUAUUUACAUCUAGGGCGUUUUUGCCGGCUCUUAGAUAUGCAUGGUGCAUGACUGUUGCUGUACAAUUUGUACUUAUUAUUUGUUUUGAAGAGAGACAUGGGAAUUGGCUGAGACUGUUGUUUGUUUACCCAUUGUUUCUUCAAUCAAAUAUAUAGUAAAAUGAGGAUAUGAGAUAUCAUAUUCUCAUUUAUUUUCUACUCAUGUUAUUUAUGAUAAAGAGAAAUUAUGAGUUGGGAA